GCGAGGGGGAGCCGGUGUCUGCGCCGCAGAAGCCUGCAGAGCACAGGGGCUGGCGGCUUCCCUGUCGGGCGGAGGAUGAGCAAAGCCCCCGGCGGUCUGGAGCAGGAGGACUUUCCAGCUGGGACAGACCAUGAGCAAUGACUUGACUGCCUGGGACAACACGACCGAGAGCACAACGACUGUGCCCAGUGAGGUGAACACGCAAGAUGGGUAUGUGCUGCUCCUUGUGCUGCUCUCCAUCUUCAUUGGAGGGACCCUGGUGCUGCUGUCCGGGAUCCUGAUUAUCUGCCGCCAGUGCUGCGAGACAGACCGCAGGCACUCCAGAGCCAGUGAUGACCCUGAGAAAACCAAUACCACCUACCUGGAUGACUCUCAGCCUCCGCAAGAGAUCACCAUCAAGGUGGACGACCCAGACUGCCGGUCGGCCUCCAGCUACCGGGAUGUGGAGACGGAGCGUUUCCUCUCGUCCAGCUCCUCUACUGGGCGCCGGGUCUCCUUCAACGAGGCCGCGCUCUUUGAGCAGAGCAAGAAGACCCAAGAGAAAGGGAGGAGGUACACGCUGACCGAGGGGGAUUUCCACCAUCUCAAGAACGCCCGGCUGACCCACCUCCACGUCCCGCCACCCGCCCUCAGGAUCAUCACCAUCCACGAGUGCGAGUCAAGCGAGAACAGCCUGGCCAUGUCGCCCCGCCUGCCCCUGCCCAAGCCUGGCCUCGCCAUCUUCCAGCCCCCAGGAGGCGCCCUGCCCCAGACAGCCCUGACCGCCCACGCCAUGUGCCCCAGUUCUGCCCUGCCUGGUGACACCUACAACUCCACCGUGGACACCAGCUUUGCCGAAGCCAGUCCAUCCAUCUCCUCCUCCUCUGGGGAGAGCCCUUUGUUUGAAGGGGCCACCAGGAGUGCGAAAGGCACUGGAGCGGGCAGUGCCGGACCCGGGGAGCCCCCACCACCCCCUCCCCAGGGCACCGUGCUGCAGUUCUUCACCCGCCUGCGGCGUCACGCCAGCCUCGAGGGCACCAGCCCCUACUUCAAGAUCAAGAAGUGGAAGAUUGAGAGCAACCAGCGGGCGUCCAGCCUGGACACCAGAGGCUCACCCAAGCGACGUCAGUUCCAGAGGCAGCGAGCAGCGAGCGAGAGCAUGGAGCAGGAGGACAGAGACGCCCAUCAGACGGGCAUCAUCCAGUACAUUGCCCGGACAGACGACAUAGCCUUCCGCCCCAUGGCUGGGCCCUUCCUGCCAUCCCCCUCCAGCCCCCCACCCUCUCUCGGCAGGUUAGAGCCAGCAGAGGCGGGCGGGGGCAGCGUCCCCGAGGCGCCCAGCACAGAGCAGCAGACCAUCUACCACGACAUCUGGAGCCUGCGGGCCUCCCUGGAGCUGUAUGCCUCAUCCGAGCAGAGCAACGACCGGGACUCCGUGCGCAGCGACGGGGGCGACAGCGUCUGCUCGGCCGGGGGAGGCAUCCCCAGCUUCCCCUCUUCCCUGGAGGAACCCGAGGGCCUGGAUGAGCAGCCGUGGGCCCGGCCCAGGCAGGAAAGUGCGGAAGCAGAGCCAGGCACACGCAAGCUGCUACAGAUGGACAGUGGCUAUGCCUCCAUCGAGGCGCCGAGCCGGGCAGGUGAGGACGGGGGCCCCAAGGACCAGACGGCCUCAGAGAAGCGCAUCUGCUUCACCAGCGCUGGGCGCAAGGGCACCAUCUUUGAGAGCUUUGAGGGGCACGAGCCUGAGGAAGAGGAGGAGGAAGAGGGGGCAGUGGGGGGGCCGCUGCCCCACAGCCCCCUGGCCUGGUCCCCCUAUGGGCAGAUGUUCCCAGCCCGGGACACGCUGCCCCGACGGGACUACAGCAUCGAUGAGAAGACGGACGCCCUCUUCAAUGCCUUCGUCCGUCACGACCCGCAGUUCGACGACUCGCCCCUGCGUGCCAAGCACCGUUCCCGCACCCACCUGCGCAAGCAGUGGCAGCGCUCCAAGCAGUACAGCGACCCUGGCGUGCGCUACCCACCCGCCCUGGAGCGCCACCGGACCCCGCUGCGCCGGGGAGACAGCCUCAACUACCCACCAGACAGUCGCUACCAUGGCACCCUGCCCCGCAUCAUCAGCACCGAGGAGGCGGGCGAGGCUGGGGACGGCUCCGCCAUGGCUGACGCUGAUGCCAAGAUCCAGGUGAUAGAGGAGGAGCCAUCUGAACUGGCUGGGGACCCCAAGCUGGCUUCCGAUCCCUACGACCAAGACUGCCCUGGCAAUGGCCAGGGCCCGGGCUGCAUCCCCCAGCCCCUAGGGGCUGAGCUGAUGGACAAGAUCAUGGCGGGCCUCGAGGACAGGCUGUACGGGAACUUGAGAAAAUCGAGAGAGAGUCCGGAGUGUCUGGUGGCCGUGGCCUCUCCCGACCAUAGCCCCGUCUAGGGGGCAGGGGAGCAGACCUAGCUCGCUCAUCCACUGAGUCAGGCUUCAGGGCUACAACCCCUUCCACAGCUGGCAGUGCCACCACGUUCAGGGCAUUCGAAGGCUGGCGGGGGGGUAUGGAUCUGCCUGUACAGACGUGCCCCAUUCGAGGGGAUCGGGCUCUGCCUGGAUGUUCCCGUCACCUUAGAAUGGUCCAGGGCGGGGGGGCAGGCUCAGCCUAGCCUGUUUGAGUCUGGAGUGGGGGGGUCCACUUGGAUGAACCCACUGCAUUCAAGGGCUUUGAGGGGCACAGAUCUGUGCAGAGGUACCCGCUGUGUGGGCGGGGUCCUGGGGGGCACAGAUCCACCCAGAUGUACCUGCCCCAAGGUCGUGGGGGGCAAGAUCCACCCAGACACACUUUGCAGUGUGGGUAGGUUCCAGGGGGCGCAGAUCCUCCCUGCCCCACGGGUGGGGGAAUCCCCCGUGAAGCAGCCCCUACCCCCAGGCAGGCCUGGCAGCUGGAAGGGGUUGUUACAGAGGCGAAGAAUGUUUGCCAAAGCAGGCGACUCUUGCGCGGCCAGCAGGUUGGUUUUAAGGAACCUGUACUAAUAACCCCCAAACUCUUACCUCACGCCGUAGAGCUGUGUAGCACAUAUGACACCCCUCCAAUCCUGGGUCACGGCCCCCUCCCCUGCACACCCCACGCCCCCCACCCUCCUCUCUCUCUCUCUGAUUUUUUACAAGCAAUAACGUCUCUGUCCGGAAUCAUCCUUGCAAAGAAGGGACUGGGGCUGGAUCCGCGGUGCUGGGAGUGGAGGGAAAGGGGAGAUGGGCCAAGCCCCCCCAGAACUGGCAACAGAACCACCCCUGGGCUGGCCGUCUUCCCCUCCUUUUGAUUUUGUCCACAUUGAAAGAGGGAGAGGGCAGCUCCGAAAUUGCUCAUGGAGGGAGGAGUCGCUGGGGGCAGCAAAGCAUGGGGGGUGGGGAGUUUGAGGGCUGGAAAGGUGCUGCCCCCCUGUGCCAGUCACUUCCCUCCUCCCACCCUGGGGAAGACUUGACCCAGGGCAGGGCUCAUGAGCUCUAAGCUGGAUGCUCCGGUGCUAGGACCUACGGGAAAGGAGGUACAUGGAGCAGCUGGAGAGGGGGCCCAGGGGGUGAUGGUUCAUAGGGGAGGAAGGGGUGGGGGUGAAGCUGAGGCUUCCAAUCAGACAGGCCCUUCAGCAACUGCUGCUAGAAAAAUCUUGUUCUCCAGGUGCCAAAUUGAGGGUGGGACAGACACCCAUACAGUGCCAUGAGGGGGCAGGAACUAGAGCCUAUCCCAGAUGUCACUGCUUCCUCGGGGCGGGGGGGGGAUGCUUGUUUCCCAUUCCCCCCAGAACUAACCAGCUCCCCCUCCCUAUAAUACUGGGUCCAAAUGGGAGAAGGGCCUGGAGCUAGCAUGCCGGGGGGGGGGGGGUGGCAAGAUGGGGCAAAGGGGAUUCAGAUCUCCUAACUUCCCUUCUGCCCCC